UGAAUAGUUGGCUCUUUGGCUCGGUGCACACACGACAUAUAUAUAGUUAGAUUGCGGAGUGAGUGAGACAGAGAGACGACAACAGCAUCGACGACGACGACGCGAGUCACAUGCGGCCUCGUUGAUAAUAAAACUUUUUUAAUACGCCGAAUUAGGACUGACAAUUGAAACAAAUUCAACAACACAACAUACACUCUCUCGAUCGUGAUCGGUUACUACUACGAUCUGCGCCGUUUUGCGUCGUCGCUGUGUCUGCGCGGAUCAACGUCGAUGGUAUAUGUUUAGUUUUCAACUUUUGGCUCUUCUCGGCGUUUCGUCUUUGGCUGUUGCAAAACUGGAUCCCUCAUCAAGAUGACACUGAAUUUCGGGAUCAUCGCGACGCUGCUCGUCUCGAGCUUGAUCGGCAGUCUCGAAGCGGCGCAUUUCGAACAUUACAACUUCAGUCUGCCGUGGAAGACGCGCAACUACGGCCUCAAGCACGUGCCGAUACCGGUAAAGAAUGCCGAGGAUCGGUUGAUUUACGUGUCGGGCUCGCUCGAGAACGCCAACAGCGUCAAGCUGGAAUUCGUGGACGAGCAGUGCAAGCAGUGCAGCGUCCCCCUCAAUCUCGUCUACAAGUCCAUCAGUCGGCGCAGCGCCCACAGCCUCGGCAACGGCAAGAUCGUCGUGACGUUCCUCAUCAAUCAGCUGCUGCCGCGCACCAGUCCGCUGAUCUCGAUUCUCAAAGGCGACUGGCGCGCGGUGAUCGUCGACCCGCGCGACUGCACCUUCCGCAGCGUGACCGUGGCCCGUGCCGGCAAGCGGCUCGUGGGCCUGCUGCCCUAUCGCGACGGAUUCGACCUGCUCAUCCAGAACAUGGACAGCUGGCAGGGACCGAAGAACAUCCGAGUGGUCAGCUACAACGACCGGGGCGAGGUCCUUCGAGGCGGAUACCAGGCGCCCGUGCUGCCCGAUCAGGAGAUCCUCAAGAUCCUCAUGGCCAAGGAGUACGACUCCGAGGCCGGCUACUUCUACAUGACCAGUCAGCCCCAGAGCGGCUCGUCGGUCCUCAAGCAGCUGAACUCGCGCUUCGAGGUGACGAAUCGCUACGAGUUCCAGCACUCCAAGUACAUCACCUACGACGAGCACGCCUACUCGGUGCUGAACGGCCGCUUCUCCGUCUGCUACUUCGACAAGGAGUCGCGCAAGAGUCUGCAGUGUCUCCUCGUGGGCGGCGAUCUGCGGGCCUCGAGCGACGACAACAACGCCGCCGAGCCCGCCUCGAGCGUGAGGAUCGCCUUCGACCGCGACGUGCACUUCGUCAGAGUGCGAAAUCUCGGCGGGCCGGCGGGUGGCGUCGUCAUUGUUUACGCGACCGAUCACGAGGACGGAAGUUGCUCGGUUUACCUGCAGCUCGUUGAUACUGCUGCCGCUCCUCGAGUUUCCGGAGGAGGAGGACAGGGAGGAGCUGCUACUGCUGCUAGUGCUCCGAUUGAGCCGGUGGUCGGCAAACUGAUCGAGUUUGGCAAAGUUUCCAGCGGCGUAUACGGCGUGUACGACUUCGAGAUGCGAGACGAGUCCUAUUGCGUGUCCGUGUCGACGAGAGACUCCAUCCAGACCAAGUGUAUUGUACCGCCCAAACUUCUCUGACGUUACUGAUGAUGCUAUUUAUUUUUACGUUUUUUUGUACUUUAUUUAGAUCAAUGUAGUGCUGCGUUAGUGAAAAGAACUUUAUCUAUUCAAGUAUUUCCUGGUCAAGUUCACUUACAUAUAUGCUAUACUUUAAGGGACAGCAUGCUUAUAUAUUAUAAGAGCAUAUUUUGACUGCUUGCAAAUUUCGAAUGUACACACUUUCAUCGUACCGAAAUUUUGUUAACGUCGUGUAGCGUCAAAAAUUAGUACUAGACGCUACUAACAAUGAGGGAUCGAUUUUUCAAAAUGUUAUUGACGAUAAUGGAAAAAUAUAAAAUCGAUUACCGUAGCUGUGUGCUUUUGCUUGAAAUUCACUUCAUUAGUGAAAAAUAGUGUUUUAGAUAAUAAAUAAAAAUUACUAUGUUAUAUUUUGAUUUCUGAAAGUUUGACAUGAUUUCACUACACUGCAGAGUAAUUGUACAUGAGCUUUUAAAAAGUAAAAAGCCUCACUUGUACAGACGUUUUUUUGUUAGUAUUGAUCGGUUUGAGGCCGAACUACUUGCUUAGUAUAUUAAAAAUUGUAAUGUUAAAUAUCAAUUUUUAUUUUUAAGGUUUUUCCCCUGUAUG